CCCUUCUCCGUAGUUUUCGCGCUGCAGCCUCCGUGUUUUCCUCGUGAAGUAAGGUACGUUUCCUCACACAUUCUGCCAGUGGGUGUAACGCUUCACAGGUUUGGCUGUUGUGUUUGAGCAGAUUUAAAAAAAAAAAAAAAAAAACCUUGUUAUCCACAUCCCGACCGCCGCCACCACCAUCAUCAUCAUCAGACCCAGCGGGGACAGACAGAAGAAGAAGAUGGGGUGCUGCUCAGCGCGAUGCACGCUGAUCCUCCUGUGUUGUUUGCAGCUGGUUACGGCGCUGGAAAGGCAGGUGUUUGACUUCCUGGGCUAUCAGUGGGCUCCCAUAAUGAUCAACUUCUUUCACAUCAUCAUGGUCAUCCUCGGCCUGUUUGGUGCAAUCCAGUACAGAUCACGCUAUGUUAUAAUGUACCUGCUGUGGACGUUGUUGUGGAUUGGCUGGAAUGUCUUUGUGAGCUGUCUCUAUCUGGAUUUGGGAGGGCUUUCAAAGGAUAGUGAUAUUCUCUCCCUCGGGGUGUCAUCACAUCAUUCCUGGUGGAAGGAGAAUGGGCCGGGAUGUGAAAGUGAGAGGCUUCCCUCUGCUGGGUGGCAAAACCAGCAAAACCCGGAGCUGACCAUAGUGCGGAGCUGCUGGCUGGAAUAUCAGUACAUAGAAAUCCUGCACUGCAUCAUCCAGCUUCUCAUAUCACUCCCAGGAUUUGUUUAUGCGUGCUAUGUGGCCAGCACAUUUUCAGAUGAGGAUGACAGCUUUAAUUUCAUUGGUGAAUUUCACCAUCCAUCCAAACCCACUAAGUUGCUCUUCUAGUGUAAUGAUUCAGUGAUUACAAAUAACCACAAAAAGAAAGUGAGAAGCUGAGAAGGAACUGAGAAGAAGAUCAAACAACUCUGCAGACUCUCACAGUGCAUCUUCUUUAGCAUCAUUGUCAAUAAAACACACACAGAGAUGCUGAACCUCACUGUGUAGAUUUCUUACACUGCGUCCUGAUUCGAAAGAGGGGUUUCCAGUCUAUCACAGGCUGACCUUUUUUGUUUGUUUGUUUUAUCGUGCAGUAGAUCUACCUCUCUGCAUGUAUGCGAACGACUGUUCAUAGACAGAAAACUGUGGUUCAGACUUUGUAAAUAUGCAGCUGUGUCCUUUCUGAUGUUUUAUACAAAUGUACAAAUUAUUAUAUUAUGUGUCAUUUCAGUUAGAAGUGAGGACCUCAACUUGUAUAAUGUGUGUCAGUGAAAUCAACUGUGUCCACAGUCCGCCUUAUAUUGGAAUGCUGCUGAUGUUCAAUAUAAUUUAAUGUUUACUAAUUCGUAUACACUUUCACCUCCAUUGGUAAAAUAUAAGAAAGUUUACUCGAGUACUGUACUUUUCUUUGUGUGCCGUUUUCUUUCUGGUACAGUUUAGAUAAAAAUAUUGUCCCUGUUACACUGAUAGCUUUACAUACUAGUUACAUUUAAAAUUAAAUAUAAAUGAGUGAACUUAUAAAAU